GCUGAGGCUUCCCGACUCCGCCACGCCGCACGUGGGCGCGCCCGCCGACCAGGGCCGCUGCCGCUGAGACUUUCUUGUGAGAAUGUAAGAUGGAUCCCGAAGAGCAAGAGCUCUUAAAUGAUUACAGAUACCGGAGUUACUCCUCGGUGAUUGAAAAGGCUUUGAGAAACUUUGAGUCCUCAAGUGAAUGGGCAGAUCUCAUAUCUUCCCUUGGCAAGCUCAACAAGGCACUUCAGAGCAACCUGAAGUAUUCCUUGUUGCCAAGACGCCUCAUUAUCAGCAAGAGAUUAGCUCAGUGUUUGCACCCUGCCCUACCCAGUGGUGUACAUUUAAAAGCCCUGGAAACCUAUGAGAUUAUCUUUAAAAUCGUGGGGACCAAAUGGCUGGCCAAGGACUUGUUCCUGUACAGCUGUGGCCUCUUUCCCCUCUUGGCAAACGCAGCCAUGUCUGUGCGUCCAGUGCUGCUGGGCCUAUAUGAGAAGUACUUCCUCCCACUGCAGAAGCUGCUUCUACCCAGUCUCCAGGCUUUUCUCGUGGGCCUGCUCCCUGGUCUGGAGGAAGGCUCCGAAAUCUAUGACAGGACAGAUGCCCUGCUCCUGAGACUGUCCCUGGUGGUGGGCCGGGAAGUGUUCUAUACCGCCCUGUGGGGAAGCGUCCUGGCAAGCCCGUCCAUUCGCCUCCCCGCCUCGCUCUUUGUGGUGGGCCACAUCAACAGGGACUUGCCUGGGAAGGAGCAGAAGUACAUGCUGGGGACCGACCACCGGCUCACGGUAAAAUCACUGUGUGCAUCACUGCUGGACUCGAACGUUCUUGUGCAAAGAAAUAAUCUGGAAAUCGUCCUGUUUUUCUUUCCAUUUUAUACCUGCCUGGAUCCCAAUGAGCAAGCCAUCCCCCUGCUUAGAUCCGACAUCGUGGGCAUCCUUUCAGCCGCCACCCAGACCCUGCUGAGAAGAGACAUGUCUCUCAACAGAAGACUCUAUGCCUGGUUACUGGGUUCAGACAUUAAAGGGAAUACCAUUGUGCCAGAAUCUGAACUCUCAAGUUCUUUUGAAGAUCAGUCCUCUUAUUUGUUUGAAAAAUACUCCAAGGAUCUUUUAGUUGAGAGUCUGGCUAAGAUUCUGCACCAGAAGUUCUUAGACGCUGAUGUGGAGGAGCGUCACCAUGCGUAUCUGAAGCCUUUCCGCAUCCUCGUCAGUCUGCUGGACAAGCCGGAAAUCGGGCCUCAGGUGGUUGAGAAUUUGUUUCUCGAAGUCAUCAGAGCCUUUUAUUCUUACUGUAGAGAUGCCCUUGGCUCCGACCUUCAACUUAGCUACACUCAGAGUGGAAAUCUGUUGCUAAGUACAAUCAAAGAAAACAGAAAUGCCUCUGAGAUCGUGAAGACGGUGAAUCUGCUCAUCUCAUCCCUGAGCACUGACUUCAUCUGGGAUUAUAUGACAAGGUGUUUUGAGGCAUGCUUCAGACCAGUGAAGCAGAAUGGCACCAUUGGAACCGUCAGCCCUCCCCCUACGGUCUCGGAGCUCUGCACUCUCCUUGUGUUCCUCCUGGACGUUAUUCCCUUGGAACUCUACUCUGAGGUACAAACCCAGUACCUCCCACAGGUGCUUGGCUGCCUGGUGCAGCCACUUGCUGAGCAGGUGGAGGCCCUGAGCUUGCCUGAGCUCACACACGCCUUGAAGACAUGUUUCAAGGUGCUUAGCAAAGUCCAGAUGCCACCUACCUACUUGGACAUGGAGACCACCAGCAGCAGCUCGAGUCCAGUGAAAGGUGAGAAUGGCGCUAUCAUUUUGGAAACAAAGGCCAUCGUUCCGGAUGAUGAAGAUGCUUCCUUUGCCCCACUCAAGUCUGAGGACAGUGGCAUCGGGCUCAGCGCCUCAUCGCCAGAGCUCUCUGAGCACCUGAGGGUGCCACGAGUUUCUCCUGAAAGAGACGACGUGUGGAAGAAGGGCGGGGUCAUGCAAAGGACCUUUCUUUGCAUCCAGCAGCUAAUUGCCAACUUUGCCAGCAGGAACAUUUUUGCAGCACCCCUGACAGUGUCUGGAGAAGAAAGCAGGUCUGAAGAGCCCGCAGGGAGAAGGGACAAGGGCAGGGCCCAGAGCGCAGUGGAUGACAGCUUUGCUAGGAAGAACUCCUGGGAGACCAAGCCCAUCACUGUGCCCCAGUUCAAGCAGAUGCUUUCAGACUUGUUCACAGUGCGUGGGUCUCCAUUUAAGACGAAAAAUUCAGAGUCACCAUCGUCUGUGCCCAGUAGCCCUGGAGGAAAAGUGGGAGCAGAAUGGGAUGUUGACCAGGUGGUCUUUGAACUGGGGGGCUCCAAGGAGGACUGCAGAGAGGCCUUCGCGGCCGCCUGCCACUUGCUGCUGGACUGUGCCACGUUCCCCGUCUACCUGUCCGAGGAGGAGACUGAACAGCUGUGUGACACGCUCUACCAGCUUCCAGGAGCCAGUGAUUCUAGCUUUCCGUCCUGGCUGAAAUCUCUUAUGACCAUUUGCUGCUGUGUGAAUGACUGCUACCUGCAGAAUGUGGCCAUCUCCACCCUGCUGGAAGUGAUAAACCAUUCCCAGUCCCUCGCACUUGUUAUCGAAGACAAGAUGAAGCGAUACAAGAAUUCCGGGCACAAUCCAUUUUUCGGCAAGCUGCAGAUGGUGACGGUUCCCCCCAUUGCUCCAGGAAUACUGAAAGUCAUCGCGGAGAAGACAGACUUCUACCAGAGGGUGGCUCGCGUGCUUUGGAAUCAGCUAAACAAGGAGAGCCGGGAGCACCACAUCACCUGCGUAGAACUGUUCUACAGGCUGCAUUGCCUGGCCCCCACAGCCAGCGUCUGUGAGGACAUCAUCUGCCAUGCCCUCCUGGACCCUGACAAGGGAACAAGGUUGGAGGCCCUGUUUCGAUUUUCUGUGAUCUGGCACCUGACGAGGGAAAUACAAGGCAGCCGCGUCACCUCCCACAAUCGCUCCUUCGAUCGGUCCUUGUUUGUCGUCUUGGACAGCCUGGCCUGCACGGACGGUGCCAUCAGUGCUGCGGCCCAGUGCUGGCUGGUGCGUGCACUCUCCCUUGGGGACGUGGCACGCAUCCUUGAACCUGUGCUGCUGCUGCUGCUCCAGCCCAAAACCCAGAGGACUUCCAUCCACUGCCUGAAACAGGAGAACUCAGCUGAGGACUUGCAUCGUUGGUUUAACCGGAAGAAGCCUCCUUAUAAAGAGGCUUCCUGGGUGUCUGAGCUCCAGGAAAGUGGUUCUGAAGAGCCCCUCCCUCUAAGCCAGCUCACCACAGUGGAUCGAGAAGCCAUUUGGGCCGAAGUGGAGAAGGAACCAGAGAAGUGCCUGCCAAGAAGCGAGCUGAGUGAGGAAGACCUGCCCUACUACGUGGACCUUCCCGACAGGACAGCCUCGGGCACCGCGGACAGCAGCGAGCACACCGAGUCUGCAGAUACCAGCUCUGUCCACACCGACAGCGAGAACACGUCCACCUUCUCCUCCCCCUCCCACGACCCACAGGAGCUGAGCCAUGAGGAGAACUGCUGCGCGCCCCUCCCCAUGGGGGGCAGAGCGUACCCCAAACGCUCGGUCUUGCUGGCAGCCUCCCAGUCAGAAAACUUCAAGUCCAAUGCCAAGUUGGGCCUGGUGAGGGUGGACUCGGACAAGACACAGGCCUCGGAGUCUUUCUCGAGUGACGAGGAGGCAGACUUGGAGCUCCAGGCCCUCACCACAUCUCGGCUGCUGAAGCAGCAGAAGGAGAGGCAGGAGACCCUCGAGGCCUUGUUCAAGCACAUCCUGCUCUACCUGCAGCCUUACGACUCCCGGCGGGUUCUGUACGCCUUCUCCGUGCUGGAGGCCGUGCUGAAGACCAACCCAAAGGAGUUCAUCGAGGCCGUGUCCAGAACCAGCAUGGACACCAGCUCCACCGCGCACCUCAAUCUCAUCUCCAACCUUCUCGCGCGCCACCAGGAGGCCCUUGUGGGGCAGAGUUUCUAUGGGAAGCUCCAGACCCAGGCCCCUAACGUGUGCCCCCACUCCCUGCUGAUCGAGCUCCUCACCUACCUCUGCCUGAGCUUCCUGCGCUCCUACUACCCUUGCUACUUAAAGGUGUGCCACCGAGACAUCCUCGGGAACCGGGACGUGCAGGUAAAGAGCGUCGAGGUGCUCAUUCGAAUCAUGACGCAGCUGGUGUCGGUGGCCAAGUCCGCCGAGGGGAAGAACGUGGACUUCAUCCACAGCCUACUGCAGAGGUGCAAGGUGCAGGAGUUCGUCCUGCUCUCCCUCUCGGCGUCCAUGUACACAAGCCAGAAGCGCUACGGCCUGGCCGUGGCAGACCGCGGCCGCACCCUGCUGGAGGACAGUCUGUUUGAAGAGAGCCUUAUCAACCUGGGGCAGGACCAGAUCUGGAGUGAACACCCACUGCAGAUCGAGCUGCUCAAGCUCCUGCAGGCACUCAUUGUCUUGGAGCACCACCUGGGCCAGGUCCAGGAGGAGGCCGAAAGCCAGCCUGCCCUAUCCCGGGAAUGGCAGAAGGCCCUUAACUUCCAGCAAGCCAUCGGCGCCAUGCAGUACGUGCAGCCCCACCCUCUCACCUCCCAGGGCCUUCUGGUUUCCGCAGUGGUGAGAGGCCUGCAGCCGGCCUACGGCUAUGGCAUGCACCCCGCCUGGGUGAGCCUGGUCACCCAUUCCUUGCCGUACUUUGGAAAGUCUCUUGGCUGGACCGUGACACCCUUUGUGGUCCAGAUUUGCAAAAACCUGGACGAGCUGGUCAAGCAGUAUGAAUGUGAGUCUGUGAAGCUGUCCAUCAGCUCAACCUCAAAGAAGGAAAACAUUUCUCCAGAUUAUCCACUUACUCUUCUAGAGGGUCUAACAACCAUCAGUCAUUUCUGUCUUUUGGAACAACCCAACCAAACCAAAAAGGCUACUGCUGCAAGUGACCCCAUCAGCAUGAGAAAUGCCAAGAAUGCCAUUUUAGAAGAGCUUCCUCGAAUUGUAAAUACCAUGGCCCUUCUCUGGAAUGUUCUCAGAAAGGAGGAGACUCAGAAGAGACCUGUGGAUCUCCUGGGAACCACAAAAGGAUCUUCUUCUGUUUACUUUAAAACCACCAAGACCAUAAGACAAAAGAUUUUGGACUUCCUAAACCCCUUGACAGCCCAUCUCGGGGUCCAGCUGAUAGCCGCAGUUGCAGCAGUGUGGAGCAGGAAGAGAGCUCAGCGCCACAGCAAGAUGAAGAUAGUCCCCGUGGCCACCAUGUCCCAGCUCACCCUGGUUGACUUGAUCUGUGCACUCAGCACCCUGCAGACAGACACAGUGCUGCAUCUGGUGAAGGAGGUGGUGAAGAGGCCACCACAAAUCAAAGGGGAUGAGAAAUCUCCCCUAGUGGAUAUCCCUGUGUUGCAGUUUUGCUAUGUUUUCAUCCAGAGACUUCCAGUUCUGGACUUGCAAGAGAACUUCCCUUCGCUGUUGGGAGUACUGAAGGAGUCUGCGCAGCUGAACCUUGCCCCACCAGGAUAUUUUCUGCUUCUCAGCAUGCUGUAUGACUUCAUAACAAGAACCCCCACCCUGGAAAGCAAGAAGGAUCAAAAAGACCUGCAGGAAAUCACUCAGAAAAUUCUGGAAGCUAUAGGCAAUGUUGCUGGCUCCUCCUUGGAGCAAACCAGCUGGCUCAGCAGAAACCUGGAAGUGAAGGCCCAGCCUCAGGUCACUCUAGAAGAAUCUGAUGCUGAGGACGACCUGUAUGCCACAGAUGCUGCCGCAGCUUCAGCAAUGGUGUCCGCAUCUGCUCCCUCUGUGUACAGCGUGCAAGCCCUCUCUCUCCUGGCAGAGGUUCUGGCUUCUCUCCUGGACAUGGUUUACCGCAGUGAUGAGAAGGAGAAAGCGCUGCCUUUAAUCUCGCGCUUGCUUUACUACGUCUUCCCUUACUUGCGCAACCACAGUGCCUACAACGCCCCUAGCUUCCGGGCCAGCGCCCAGCUGCUGAGCUCCCUGAGUGGCUAUGCCUACACAAAACGUGCCUGGAAGAAAGAAGCGUUGGAAUUGUUUUUGGACCCUACUUUCUUUCAAAUGGAUACCUCCUGUGUUUAUUGGAAGUCCAUUAUUGACCAUCUUCUGACUCAUGAGAAAACAAUGUUUAAGGACUUAAUGAGUAUGCAGAGCAGUUCUUUAAAACUAUUCUCCAGUUUUGAGCAAAAGGCCAUGCUGCUGAAGCGCCAGGCUUUUGCUGUCUUCAGUGGCGAGCUGGAUCAGUACCACCUAUACCUUCCCCUGAUACAAGAACGCCUGACAGACAAUCUCAGAGUGGGACAGACAUCCACAGUUGCUGCUCAGAUGUUUCUUUUUUUCAGAGUUUUGCUGCUAAGAAUUUCUCCUCAACAUCUGACCUCACUCUGGCCCAUAAUGGUCUCUGAGCUGAUUCAGACAUUCCUACAGCUUGAAGAUUAUCUUAAAGAGGAAGAUGAGUCUUUGAGAAACAGCAACAAAAUGAACAGAAUAAAAGUUGCAGGCACUGAUGGGAAUGGGCCUUUGGUGAGGGAAGUGGCCCCUAGUGACCUCAUCUUGUAUGUAUCAGCGUGCAAAUUCCUGGACACUGCGCUUUCUUUUCCCCCUGACAAGAUGCCGUUAUUUCAGAUUUAUAGGUGGGCAUUUGUUCCAGAAGUGGACACCAAGUGCCCUGCCUACCUGUCGGAUCUGGAGGAGAAUCACCAAGCGUGCAAACCCCACACUGUCAGGAUUCUAGAACUUCUAACAUUAAAAUAUGGGGAAAUUAGUGAGUCUGAUGAGCUCACCAUGAAGGGUGAAUUUCCUCUUCUGCGCCAACACUCUGUUUCCAGCAUUAGGCAGCUGAUGCCGUUCUUCAAGACUCUGAACUAUGCAUUUAAAACCCAGAGUCAGCUGCCUGCUGAUGCCCCAGUGGCCGUUCUCCCAGAGCUCCCUGUCACCGACAGCCCCAGAGUCUUAAGACUGCUGGAAGAAUGUGUGGAAUAUGAUUUUUUGGAACAUACUGAAUGCUAACAUUAGGAGCUUGUUGGAUCCAUUUACUGAUGAAUACAAGGGUAUAUUCUAAAUAAGAAAGUUAAUUUCAGAUAAUUUUCUGCUCAGCAACAAAACAAUGCCUUGUAAUAUAUUUGAAUUCCAUCCUGUGUUUCUUCUUCGAUUUAUGUAAUGGGAAUAAAAUUAAUAUAUUCUCUAGCAGCAGCAGCACACAUGUGUAAUGUGAAGUAAAGCAUGGAAAGAAUGAAGGAGUAAUUUUGUUUGUGGGAGGAGAUACCAUGGGCCUCAGUGUAUUUCUCUUAAGAAGUAUAAACUUAUUAAAAGAAUGCUAUUUUUAAUGUUUCGCACAAA